AUGUCUGCUCCACACGGGCCCCGGGGCGGCCCCGCCAUGCCGGAGAUGCCGGACCUCAGCCACCUCACCGAGGAGGAGAGAAAGAUCAUCCUCGGUGUCAUGGACCGACAGAGGAAGGAGGAGGCGAAGGAACAGUCGAUGUUAAAGAAGUUGCACCAGCAGUUUGAAUCAUAUAAGGACCAGGUUAAGAAGAUGGGGGAUGAGGCUAAGCAGGCUCAGGAUCAGAAGAGCGAAGCCCCAACCUGCGGGAUAUGCCACAAAACCAAGUUUGCCGAUGGCUGUGGCCACCUCUGUUCAUAUUGCCAAACGAAAUUCUGUGCUCGGUGCGGAGGACGAGUGUCUCUGCGGUCAAAUAAGGAGGACAAAGUGGUUAUGUGGGUAUGCAACUUGUGCCGAAAACAACAAGAAAUCCUCACCAAAUCGGGGGCGUGGUUCUACGGCUCGGGGCCCGGUCAAGUGCGGGGUGUGUUUGAGGGCGGGCCACAGGGGAAGAAGGCCAAACUGCAGGACCCAUCUCUGUACCCCUACCAGGGAGCCUCAGGGGACUUGACACCAGCGUCAGACAGAAGCAGACCUCACCGUGGGCUCCUGCCCAGACAGGGGUCCCUUGACAACAGUUCGGGGCUGCGGUACUCGGGACCAGGCGACGCACCCAUAGACAGGAAACGAAGCCCAUCUGCAUCCAGGGAUCCAAACCAAAAAUACGACCAAAGGGAGGGGGGUGACCACUCACAGUAUGCCCAGACGGACGGCGGCAUGCCCAGAUCACCGUCCGAUUACGGGGAUGGGGACCCUCGGCGGGCUCCGCGGGGCCCACACAUGUACCCAGAUGUGGAUGCGGCACGGAUGGGCUACCGGGACCGGCGAGGCCCUGGACGCUGGCACUCCCAGGAAUACCCGCUGGACCAGGAGCUAGAUGGACCGCCCAGCGAGUAUGACCUCCAGCAGCAGCGCCAGGAGGAGUUCCAGGCACGCUAUCGCAGCGACCCUAACCUGGCACGCUAUCCUGUUAAGCCGCAGCCCUACGAGGAGCAGAUGAGGAUGCAUGCUGAGGUGGGCCGCCUGAGGCAUGAGCGCCGCCACAGUGAUGUCUCCCUGGCUUAUACGGAGCAGGACGAGCCCGACCCCAUUCGGCUGUCCCGACAGCAUCUCACCGAGCGCCGGCCGCCUAUGGUGGGACAGCGCUCCUACUCCGUUGACCGCUCCUCCCCAGGGCCUAUGGGUCCUGGCCUCGGAGGUCACAGAACCUCCAACCACAGCCCCCCUACGCCGCACCGCAGCCCUGUGCUGGGGGACCGAUCUGGGGACCUGCGGAGAGGAGACCUGGGUGUAGGCGGGGAUCCCAUGAGGAGGCAGCAACACCACUUGGACCCCAGUUCAGCUGUCCGCAAAACCAAGAGGGAGAAGAUGGAGAGCAUGUUGAGGAACGACUCCCUCAGCUCGGACCAGUCAGAGUCAGUGCGCCCGCCACCCCCGAAGCCCCACAAAACCAAAAAGGGAGGGAAGAUGCGGCAGGUGUCACUGAGCAGCUCUGAGGAGGAGCUGGCCACCACACCGGAGUACACCAGCUGUGAGGAUGUGGAGAUAGAGAGUGAGUCAGUCAGUGAGAAAGGGGACAGUCAAAGGGGAAAAAGAAAAACAAUUGAGCAGGCAUUUAUGUCCGAGCCGACACACACCUUAUCUGAGAGGCAAAAGAAAAUGGUGCGCUUUGGGGGACACUCAUUUGAAGAGGACUUGGCAUGGUGUGAACCGCAGGUUAAAGACUCGGGAGUUGAUACGUGCAGUAGCACUACCCUAAACGAGGAGCAUAGCCAUAGUGAGAAGCACCCGGUGACGUGGCAGCCGUCCAAAGAUGGGGACCGCCUAAUAGGGCGCAUUUUGCUCAACAAGCGAAUGAAAGAUGGAAGUGUGCCUCGAGACUCAGGAGCUCUGCUUGGUCUGAAGGUGGUGGGAGGCAAGAUGACAGAAUCCGGUAGACUUUGUGCUUUCAUCACCAAAGUGAGGAAAGGAAGUCUAGCAGACACUGUUGGGCACCUCAGACCAGGUGACCAGGUGCUGGAGUGGAAUGGGAAGCUUUUACAAGGAGCCACAUUUAAAGAAGUUUACAAUAUCAUACUAGAGUCCAAGCCUGAGCCGCAGGUGGAGUUGGUGGUCUCAAGGCCUAUAGGAGAUAUUCCAAGGAUACCAGACAGCACACAUGCACAACUGGAAUCAAGUUCGAGUUCUUUUGAGUCUCAGAAGAUGGAUCGCCCGUCCAUCUCCGUCACAUCCCCCAUGAGUCCCAGUAUGCUGAGGGACGCCCCCCAGUACCUGUCAGGACAGCUUUCAAGCCAAAGCCUUAGUAGAAGAACAACGCCUUUUCCCCCUAGGGUCCAGGUCAAACUGUGGUAUGACAAAGUGGGCCAUCAACUAAUCGUCACCAUCCUGGGCGCCAAAGACCUGCCACCCAGGGAAGAUGGUCGGCCCAGGAACCCUUACGUCAAAAUCUAUUUCCUCCCUGAUAGAAGUGACAAAAGCAAGAGGAGAACAAAAACGGUAAAGAAAUCCUUAGAGCCCAAAUGGAACCAGACCUUUAUGUAUUCGCCGGUGCACCGGCGGGAGUUUCGGGAGCGCAUGCUGGAGAUCACAUUGUGGGACCAAGCCAGGGUGAGGGAGGAGGAGAGCGAAUUCCUGGGAGAGAUCCUAAUUGAGCUGGAGACAGCUCUUCUGGAUGACGAGCCACACUGGUACAAGCUACAAACACAUGAUGUAUCCUCCAUCCCGCUCCCACGUGCCUCCCCGAACACACAGCGCAGGCAGCUCCACGGAGAGAGUCCAACAAGGCGGCUGCAGAACAAAGGCUCAUAUUCAUACAACUCAGGAUCCCAGAGGAUAAGUGACAGUGAGAUCUCAGACUACGAUUGUGAAGAUGGUGUUGGGGUAAUAACAGACUACCGGCCAAAUGGCAGAGACUUCCAGAGCUCCACGUUGUCUGUCCCUGAGCAGGUGAUGUCAUCUAACCACUGCUCUCGGUCGGCUGAUAUAAACAGGGCACGGUCGCGCUCUCCCAGCGUUCCCCCGCCCUCCAGCCAUUUCCUCACCCUACCUCGAACCAGACAUACUCAGCCUAUUGAUGAUCCUCAAAAGGACCCCAGGAACCACGGAGCCAUGGAUAGACACGAGUAUCACAGCAGGUCCCGCUCUGCAGACCAGCGGCCCACUAUAGAACGUCCCACGUCCCGCUCGCGCUCCACUGAACGCCCCCACGACUCUUCACUCAUGAGGUCCAUGCCGUCUCUGCCAUCUGGGAGGUCUGCCCCCCCCUCACCUGCCUUGACGAGGGCGCAUCCUCGUAGUGGAUCGGUCCAGACCAGUCCCACCACUACCCCCAUGUCCAGUAGACGGGGACGGCAACUACCACAGCUUCCACCCGCAGGGAAGGACAGAAAAGAUGGAGAUGAAGGAACAGAGCCUUGUGAAGACACGGACUCACCAAGUUGGACGAACUCAGGUAUGGACAUGGACGAGAGGACCAGGCAGAUGAAACUGAAGAUGAACAAGUACAAGCAGGGAGCUGGCUCCGACUCCAGACUGGAGCAGGACUACCACAAGCGUUCAGGCAGGGAUCCACGGGGCUCAGAUAACCUGUCGGCCAAGUCAUCGGACAGCGAUGUAAGCGACGUGUCCGCUGUGUCGAGAACGAGUAGCGCCUCUCGGUUCAGCAGCACGAGCUACAUGUCUGUCCAGUCGGAAAGGCCACAAGGAAAUCGCAAGAUACGGCAGAUGGGCUCAUCGGGCGGGAUGAACAUCACCAAGAGCACAAGCAUCAGCGGCGACAUGUGUAACCUGGAGAAGACGGACGGCAGCCAGUCGGACACGGCGGUCGGCACGGUAGGCACUGACGACAAGAAGAGGCGCUCCAGUAUUGGUGCCAAAAUGCAGGCCAUGGUUGGCAUGUCGCGCAAGAGCCGGAGCACCUCUCAGCUCAGCCAAACAGAAGCAGGAGGUAAAAAGUUGCGCAGCACUAUCCAGAGAAGUACAGAGACGGGCCUGGCCGUGGAGAUGAGGAGCAGGAUGACUCGGCAGACCAGCCGGGAGUCAACAGACGGCAGCAUGAACAGCUACAGCUCCGAGGGAAAUCUCAUCUUCCCUGGUGUGCGGCUCUCCUCAGACGCCCAGUUCAGUGACUUCCUAGAUGGUCUGGGUCCCGCUCAACUGGUCGGACGACAGACGUUGGCUACUCCACCUAUGGGUGACAUCCAGAUAGGCAUGGUGGAGAAGAAAGGAGCACUGGAGGUGGAGGUCAUCAGAGCCCGUGGCCUUGUGGGAAAACCAGGUUCCAAGGCACUGCCAGCACCAUAUGUAAAGGUCUACCUUUUGGAAAAUGGAGUCUGCAUAGCCAAAAAGAAAACAAAAGUAGCAAGAAAAACCUUGGAUCCUCUUUACCAGCAGCAACUGCCGUUUGAGGAGAGUCCGGGAGGGAAGGUUUUACAGGUCAUCGUAUGGGGUGACUAUGGACGUAUGGACCAUAAAUCAUUCAUGGGAGCAGUUCAGAUACUGUUAGAUGAGCUGGACCUGUCCAACAUGGUGAUAGGCUGGUUCAAGCUCUUUCCUCCUUCCUCACUGGUGGACCCUACUCUGGCCCCACUGACAAGAAGAGCUUCCCAGUCCUCACUGGACAGUUUCUCUCGAUCAUAGCAGCGUGUGGACUGAUAGCGUUGUUGUAGCAGCCAGUGUUGCGAUUACAGGUCACGCCCCCCGGUUACACUGCAUGCUUGAUGUUGUGUCUUCUGAGCCUGUUUCUAGGGGUGCAAACGUGAUCCUGUGUUUUGAGCAAAAACGUCGCACACAUUGUGCACAUGGCGAAGCGUGUUGCAAGCGCCUGGCGGCUGGGAUUGCCAGGUGUUGUUGUUGUUGUUUGGACGAAGCUGGAAUGAACUCCUUAGCACGAGGAAUCUGUCAAUUCCAGCUU